AGCUCCACCUUUGCUCCAUAUUAACCAGACAACACCCUGGUAUUUCACAAUAAGAGUGCACAUGAGAGGGAGGAAACCAAACCUAACAACAGAGCUGCAGUAAGAGGAGGAGCAACACUGGGAAGAGGAGAGCUUCAACGUCCCACUCCAGAAAUGAAAGUUAAGUUUGUCAGAGUGUCGGCCACGCUGCAGUCGAGACAAGUCUCUGUUUCUCUCUGAAAGAAAACUCAAACUGACUUCAUCAGGUCUUUCUCAACAACACAGCAGAGUCUCUGCCAAACACUGUGUGUAGAUAUGGCUGCUGCAAACUAUCUGCCAUCUGAAGAUCAGUUUCUGUGCUCCAUCUGUCUGGAUGUGUUCACUGAUCCGGUCACCAUACCAUGUGGUCACAACUUCUGCAAAAAAUGCAUCAAUGAACACUGGAAUAUUAACGACCAGCAUCUGUGUCCGAUGUGCAAAGAGGCUUCUAACACAAGACCUGAUUUGAGAGUCAACACUUUCAUCUCUGAGAUGGUUGCUCAGUUCAGACAGUCAGCUCAACAGAAAGCCAGCAGCAGCAGCUCAGAGCAACAAGUGUCCAAACCAGGAGAAGUUCCCUGUGACGUCUGCACUGGAACCAAACUGAAGGCCCUGAAGUCCUGCCUGGUGUGUCUGAUCUCCUACUGUGAGACUCACCUGGAGCCUCAUCUGACAGCUUCACGUCUGAAAAGACAUCAGCUGAUCGACCCUGUGGAGAACCUGGAAGGCAGGAUGUGUACGAAGCACGAUAAACCUCUGGAGCUGUUCUGUAAGACCGACCAGACAUGUGUCUGCAUGCUCUGCCAUGUUUCAGACCAUAAGAUGCAUGAUGUUGUUCCUAUGAAAGAAGAAUAUGAAGGAAAGAAGGCCGAGCUGGAGGCUGAAAUUCAGCAGAUGAUCCAGGAGAGACGACUGAAGAUUCAGGAGAUCAAACACUCAGUUGACCUCAGUGAGGAAGAUGCAGACAGAGAGAUAGCAGAAGGUGUUCAGGUCUUCACUUCUCUGAAGGAGUCCGUUGAGAGAGGCCUGAAUGAGCUCAUCAACACGAUCAAAGAGAAGCAGAAAACAACAGAAAAACAGGCCGAAGCCUUCAUCAAAGAGCUGGAACAGGAAAUCUCUGAGCUGAUGAAGAGAAGCACUGAGGUGGAGCAGCUCUCACGCUCUGAAGAUCACCUCCAUCUUCUCCAGAGUGUCCAGUCCCUAAACACCAAUCACCCUACACCCAUCAAGGACUGGACAGAAGUCAGCGUCCGUCCAUCAUAUGAGGGGACUGUGGUGAAAGCUGUUGUUCAGCUGGAGGAGACGCUCAGUAAAGAGAUGAAGAAGCUGCUCGCUGAGUCUGAGCUGAAGAGGGUCCAGCAGUAUGCAGUGGAUGUGACUCUUGAUCCUGAUACAGCACAUCCUCAACUCAUCCUGUCUCAUGAUGGGAAACAAGUACAUCCUGGUAAGGUAAAAAAAAAUCUCCCAGACAACCCAGAGGGAUUUUCUGAUUGUAAUUGUGUUUUAGGAGAGCAGAGUUUCUCUUCAGGCAGAUUUUACUUUGAGGUUCAAGUUAAAGGAAAGACUGAAUGGACUUUAGGAGUGGCCAGAGAGUCCAUCAACAGGAAGGGGCAAAUCAAAGCGGGCCCUCAGUAUGGUAACUGGACUAUAUGGUUGAGAAAUAGAAAUGAGUACGAAGCUCUUGCUGGCCCUGCUGUCCGUCUCUCUCUGAAGUCUCCUCCUCAGAAGGUGGGGGUGUUUGUGGAUUAUGAGGAGGGUCUGGUCUCUUUUUAUGACGUAGAUACUGCAGCUCUUAUCUACUCCUUUACUGGCUGCUCCUUCACUGAGAAACUCUUCCCAUUCUUCAAUCCGCGUUAUGGUGGUAAAAACUCUGCACCUCUGAUCAUCACUCCUGUCAGAGUAAACUAAUCACUCAUCUUAUUUCAUGUAUUGAUUUAUUUUCAUUUAAGGGGAUUCACUGCAGGUGAAUAUGGAAAAUAGUUAUAGAAGCCUCCACAUUAAAUUAUUUACUGUAUAGGAGCCACAUAUUGUAUGUUGUUUAUGGUCUCAUUUAUGUUGUUUGUUGAUUAUGUGUAUAAUAAUGUAUUAUUAUCAACAUAGCAGUCUUUUAAUACUGAACUACAGACAGAGUAAAACAUCCUGAGUGUCUGUGAGGAACUCCAGAGAUCAUAUCUUCAGUCUAAAUAAAGAGUUCUUGGUUGUCACACUCGUGUCCAAACGAUCUGUAAGAAAAACUGGAUGAGUUUUCUUAUUUCAAGAAUCAAACCGAAGGCAAAUAUCCUUUCCUUUUAGAUUUGGUUUCAAUGGUUAAAUGUGCAGACAUCACUGCAAACUAUUAUCUCGAUCAAUAUCUUAUGCAAAAAUAAAAUCACUUUAAUAAACAAUGAUGGUCUUGCUGAGAAUA